AUGCUGACUCUGCAGGUCACCCUGGAUCUCCUGCAGAUGAGUGCAUGGUGGCACCUGGACUUGAUAAACAUCUCCUCUAGGGUCUGCUUGGAACUUCUCCAAAAUGCCCAGGGAAGGAACAUUCUUAGGAAAGAUAGAGAGUUCCCAGGAACAGGGGGAGAGCCCAUCUGCCAGGGAACCGAUGGGAGGGCUCCAAGUCCUCCCUACUUCCUAGAGGAACCCGGAAGUGGGAGCUGUCCGACAACCGCGGAGGCGGAGCUAGAGCAGGAUGAUUGCCUGCCUGGGACAGAUGCUCGAAGUUCAGCAGGUCUGCAUCCCCAGUCUAGGCUUCAUCCCAACGGCUACCGAGUAAGGCCUCCAGAGUUCCUAGAGCGUCCUAGAACGGAAGUGCAGGGAGCAAGCAAGAGAAAGCCACAGCACUUCCUGUUUGCGGAGGCUCGGGGGCAGCUAGUGAGCGUAGAUGCUCAAUGUUUUUCCCCCUGGAGUGGAGUGGAACUUCUCAUUCGAAGGAAUAUGUUGUUUCAGCAAUUAAUGGCUUUUGAAGAUGUGGCUGUGGUUUUCACCCAAGAGGAAUGGGGGCAGUUAGACUCUGUUCAGAGGGAGCUCUACAGAGAUGUGAUGCUGGAGAAUUAUGAGAACUUUCUCUCACUGGGAUUUCCAGUUCCCAAACCUGAUAUUAUCUCCCAACUGGAACGAAGAAAAGAGGCAUGGAUCCAAGAUAUUCAGGGCCCUGAGGAAAGAGAAUUCAUUCAAAAUGCUUAUAGAGGUUAUAAGAAUAGAUCAGAAAAUGAAAAUUUGACUCUAAGAGAAAUUCCUCAAGAAGUUGAAUUACCUGGAAAAGAGGUAAAAAAACACCCAAAAGAUGUUACCCAAGACUCUAGAAGAACCCGUAAUCAGGAAAUUACCUUAAAGAAGCAGAUAAGAAAACAAAGAGGGAAGAAACAGAGUAAAUCAUGUUCUCAGCAGAGGAUUCCCCAGCAAGUUUCCCCAAAGAAAACUAGUAGAAGAGAGAAAGGUCGAGGAUAUAAUGAUUUUGGUAAAAACUCCAUUCAGAAUUCUAAUGUGGUCACUCCUCAGAGAGUUGAAAGAAACCAUACAUGUACUGUAUGUGGUCAGAGUUUUUCCCAUCAUUUAACUUUAAUUCAACAUAGGAGAGUUCAUGGUGGAGAAAAGAGCUAUCGGAAGGACUUCAGCCCCAAAUCACAAUUUACAAAACAUCCAAUAAUUAACACUGAUGAGAAGCCCUAUGAAUGUACAGAAUGUGGGAAAUCAUUCAGUCGUAGUUCACAUCUUACUUUACAUCAGAGAAUUCAUACUGGGGAGAAACCCUAUAAGUGUAACAAAUGUGAGAAAGCUUUUGGCACUAAUUCUGAUCUUAUUCGACAUGAAAGGAUUCAUACUGGAGAAAAACCAUAUAAGUGCAAUGAUUGUGGGAAAGCUUUUAGUCAGUCUUCAGUGUUUAUUCGGCAUCAGAGAAUUCAUACUGGAGUGAGUGCCUAUAAGUGUAAUGACUGUGGGAGAGCCUUAAGCAGUAAGUUAAGCCUUAUUGAACAUUGUAGAAUUCAUACUGGUGAAAAACCUUUUCAGUGUGAUGAAUGUGGAAAAGCCUUCACUCACUUCACUAGUUUAAUUUACCAUCAAAGAAUUCAUACUGGAGAAAAACCAUAUGAGUGUAAUGAAUGUAGAAAAGCCUUCAGUCGACAUUCAGUCCUUAUUCGACAUCAAAGAGCUCACACUGGAGAGAAACCAUUUAAGUGUAAUGAGUGUGGGAGUGCUUUCAGUAGAAGGUCAGUCCUUAAUGAACAUAAAAGAAUUCAUAGUGGAGAAAAACCAUAUGAAUGUAACGAAUGUGGAAAAUCUUUCAGUCGGAGCUCCACCCUCAUCCAACAUCAGACAGUUCAUAAUUCAGACAAACCUUACAAAUGCAAUGAAUGUGGGAAAGGCUUUGGAUGCCGCUCGCAUCUUACUGUACAUCAGAGAAUUCACAUUGGUGCUAAGCCUUAUAAAUGUAGUGAGUGUGGGAAAGCCUUUAGUCGGAGCUCCAUCCUUAACCAACAUCAGAGAAUUCAUACUGGAGAGAAGUUGUAUAAAUGUAAUGAGUGUGGGAAAGCUUUUAGUCGGAGCUCCAUCCUUAACCAACAUCAGAGAAUUCACACUGGAGAGAAACUUUAUAAAUGUAGUGAAUGUGGGAAAGCCUUCAAUCGGAGAUUCAGCCUUAUCCUACACGAGAGAAUUCAUUCUGGAGAGAAGCAGUGUACAUGUAAUAAGUGUGGAAAAGCCUUCAGUAGGAGAACCAAUCUUAUGCGGCAUCAGCAAAUUCAUACAGAAGAUGAGUCAUGAAUAAACUAUGUAAACAAAAUCCUUUGUUGUCUGAAGAUUCAACAGAGAAAAAUCAUACCCAGCUCAAUUGGUAAAUAAAAUGGUAUUAAGGAAAGCUUAUCCCUAGAUCAGAGUUCAUUAUGAAGCAAUAUAUCUUAGAAAAUUGUAAGAUCUUUUGAAAGCAAUAGCUGUUUUUCAAUAUAUAUGGCAUCUAGCUCUGGAUGACCCACAAAAUAUUUAUUUUGUUUGAAUGAUACAAGUAAUGCUUGUACAGAAAACUUCCAUGACAGAUGCUUUCUUUAUCUUCAUAUGAAAAUUCUAGUCUGAAAAUCUCUAGGAUGAUAAAGGGAAUGUUUUAACUUGAGUUGAAAAUAGUACAAACUGAAUAGGAUAAUCCAAUUAAUGUUCCUAUAAGCAUUAUCCUAAGUGAUCUUUUAUCCUACAUAGUAGUGAAAGGAUGGUGCUGCAGUCCUUGUUGAUUAAAGAUGAGGGAAUAUGGAAAGAAUAACCUUGUACUGGGAAAAAUAAUUGACACCUAGAAUUAUGAAUGUUAGGGGAUAAUAUAUCCAUGCUCCCAUAGGUAAUAAGUAGUUAAAACAGAAACAAAUUACUAGCUUGUGUUGUUUCCCAGGCAGGUAAUCUUUUAACUGUAUUCUUCUGCCUUUCCAAAUAUUGGAACUGUACAGUAUUAAGCAGUUAGGAAGCACAUCAGAAAAAAAUCUAGGAGAGGAGAGUGCUCCACUGUUAUUGAAUAGUCCCCAUUUCCACUGGUAGAUGGAGGGGAAAGAUGUAAAUAAGCCUCCUAAAGGGAAAACAUAUAUUCCAUGGUAGAAACCAAAAGUAUGGUUGCUGACCAAAAUCUGAAACCAGCUUUUGUUGGUUGUAGGCAGGAGAAUGACAUAAAGAGGUAAUUAUAAUUACUAGAUUACUAAUUGUUGAAAAGAUCAGAGAAUCGGGAAAGUUAUGGUAUGGAUCUUAUUUCCUGAAAGAGGAAAUAUGUAGUAAUAUCAAAUGGAGCAGAGAGGUCAUUGAACUAAAUUGGCAAAAUUUUUUAUCUAGUUGGGAAGAGGGUAUGGGAGACCUGAGAGUGAUUUUUCAGCAACAUUGUUUUUGGAGGUAUGUUAGUCAAAAUAUUUUUAUUAGGAUCAAUCAGGAGUAAUACUGUAUAAGAAUGUGCUAGAACUGGGCAUAGCUGGGUAGCUCGGUAGCUCAUUGGAUUGAGAGCCAGGCUUAUAGACAGGAGGUCCCAGGUUCAAAUCUGGCCUUAGACACUUUCUAGCUGUGUGACCCUGGGCAAGUCACUUAACCCCCAUUGCCUAGCCCUUACCGUUCUUCUGCCUUGGAACCCAUACACAGUAUUGAUUCCAAGAUGGAAGGUAAGGGUUUAAAAAAAAAUAUGCUAGAACUAUUUAGACAGGAGGAAGAACUAGAUUAUAUUAGGGAACAUCAGAACUCUGUAAUGGUGGCAAGUUAUUUUGAUAAUUGUGGAAAACUGAUUACUGCUACAGAAAGACUUGCAAGCAAGUGCAAGCCAUGGAACUUUGACAAUCUGUCAAUCAGAAAAAAUCCAGAGAAGAAUGUGGCCAAGGAGAAGGCAGUUUGAGUAAACUGGCACACAAACUGAUUUACUUCACUUCUUCCUUGAGACUCUGAGGAAGAAAGCUGAUAGAGAGAUUUACUCUGUAGUUUCUGGCUACUGGUUUCAACUUGGAAGACUUGGGCUUAGCUCUGGAGAUCUUUUAAAUUAUUAACAAUAUUCCCUUAAAGACAAUUCAGCUCUACUUUCUUGAUAUUGAAUUUAUAAUAGAUUAAGCUAACCCCAAAUUCCCUCUACCCAUAUUCCCCACUCCCUACCCUUUCUUCCUUUAAAAUAAAUCCUUUUACCGUAUUUUGAAGUGAAAUUAGUCUAUUAAAAGCUGCUAUCACUUACCAUCUCUGAAUAGCUGUUAGGAUCAAAUAGAAGGAAGGCAGGAAUUGGGUGGGGAGAGGAGAAUUGAGAAUUCAGUCUCUCCUUGACCUUAUUUCUUAGAGUCAUUGUUCCAGCUUUUCUCUUUACCUUAAAUACCCUAGUAAUUGAGCUUCCAAUACAUAAUGUAGGAAUUUGAGACCACUUCUGAAGCUAUCCCUCUGCUCACUGAAGAAGAGAAAUUAUUGAAAAACCUGUAGGAUGAUUGCUUUCCAAAGAAGGAACAAGUGGAACUAAUAGUUUGGGCGUAAUAGUGGCCAAUCAGGGCCACAACAGGAAUGCUGGGAACUUUGGAAAGAUGUUACCACUUCAUCUUAUGAUUUUAUAAUAGGUAAAGAGAGAAAAGCCAGGGAUAGAAGCACACUCUAGACUUUGAGAGAGUGAGUUCCAAAUAAUUUGAAUAUAGAGUAGGUUAAUACUCUAGAGAGGAAGUAAACCCAUAAAUGACCUAAAGAAUGAAAUUUUGACAAUUUAUUAUUAGUGAAAGAGGGAAUGUUUAGUGAGAUGUGAUUGCACAGGAUAUUCAUUGACCAACAUAUUUCAAAGAUUUAAGCAAUGGCAAGUAUCUUAAAACAGAUUCAAGAAUGACAGUGUUAAGAGAAUAGUGGAAGCCCUGACAAUUAAAAGAUAAGGCAUUUGAAUUAUAGAACUUUUGCUACAUUUUAUGCAUUGUAAUUCAUUUCCUUGAAAUUAAAAGUUUUAAAACAACUUUAGUUAUGUUGAUAUUGAAUAUUAAAUUUACAGUAAAUCUUUUUUGAAAAUGAAUGACACCUGUGUUAAACUAAGUGGAAGAAAAGAUCUCCAGCUGGGAUGGAGAAAAGACAAUUGCUCAUUAUUCUGCAUCUGUUGUAUAAAGAUCUUUGAACUGGGAAAUAUAGAACAAAAAUUAUUAACAGAAUCAAAGCCCAAAAUAAUUGAGAAGACUUAACAAUAGUCAUCGAAUCCAAUUAACCUGUCCUUGCCAAACUAGAUCCUGGAAUACUGAAAGGAUUUGCAUCAGUAAUUACUGUGCAGGGAGACCAAACUAUAUUGCCUUUAAAGAAUUAUACAGUUCUUUUAAUGACCUUACCCUUCUCCCUUAAUCAAAGGGCCAUCUUUUAGUACUACUAAUAUUAUGACUAUGUAGUUUGAGUCAUGGAAUAUAUUUCUGAAAUGUUAAAAUCAUGAGUCCCCAGAGGGCAAUAGAGAUUUUUAUAGAGGCAGCAACAUAUUGCCAAUGAUCGUUAGUAACUGUUACUGGAAAACAAAAAAACAUCAACAAAUAUAUUUUUUUAGCUCAGACCAGGGACUCCAUCAACACAGGGACCUCCAGAUUUGAAAAAAGACAUUUUCUUUGGACUGUACCAGAGCUAUGAUCUCACCAAUUAAAUCAUCUCUGGGGUUUUGUUUAAUCAUUUCACUUGUGUUUAAUCUGUGAAUCUACUUGGAGUUUUCUUGGCAAAGGUACUGGAAUGGUUUGCCAUUUCCUUCACCAGUUCAUUUUACAGAUAAGAAAACUAAAGCAAAUAGAUUUAAGUGACUUCUAUAGGAUCACACAGUUAGUAAGUAUAUGAAUUUGGAUUUGAACCCAUAUCAUCCUGACUAGGCCAAGUGCUCUAUCCACUGUUCCACCUUGCUGCCCCUGUUAGCACCUUUUUUUAUUGGCAUUAUGUACUAAAGAUAAUUUUUAAAUGGCAUUUAAUGAAAUACUUGGCCAUCUCAUAUUGCAAAAAGAAUUACUGAAGUUUCAUGCACCAAAUGUUUUUGAACAAAAUGAAGAGGCAAAGAAAUUAAAAGAUUUUGUCUAAGGAGAACUAAGUUCCUCCAUACUGUAAUUUGGGGGGACUCACUCCUUAGAGAAAUGAGAAGGCAGUGAGGAAAGGAUUGAUGAAAAUGACUUCCCUCACUACUCCCUCCCUGAGUCCCUGAAUUACUUGAGAGAGACAAAAUGGAGAUCUCCCCUCGGUGGUGAAGGCUUGCCCCUUGAUGGCCUUGAUGGCCCUUACGGGCGGCAGGGAAGUCUUCUCUACAAGGAGAGGUAUGAGGGAACUCAAUCCGGAUGUUCACUGUUUUGGGGUACUCACAAGCCUCCCUCCUGUCUUCUUGAAAACUGGCAAUAAGAUGGAGUCUGCCAAUGAGCUUACUGUUGUAAGGGGUAAAUUUAGGGGGUUUUGACUGAAAUAUAAAUUUAGUUGGUCACUAGGGAUUAAUUCAAAUCCCAAUAAAAAUACUCAAGUGAGUUUGGGAAUUUUGUGGUGAUUUAAUUAAUAUAGAGGGAAGGAAUUAAGAAGAGAGAGGGAAAAGGGUAUAAGAUUUCUCCAGCCUAGCCUGAGCCAAGGGGAGUUCAGAGACCUUCCAGCCAAGAGGCCUCCUCUGAGAUGAGGGACCUCCUAGGAGGAUGGCGUUUUUAGGAAAGGUAAAGGAAAAAAGGAAUCAGCCUAAACUCCGAGAGAGCUCAGGGAAGACACCUCACUUGACCCAUGAUAUUAAGCUUCUCCCAGUUACUGUAUCAAAGAUGCUUACCACCAAACCCAGACAAUAGUUGCAGCCAUGCCAAAAUGCCAGACGCCCAGCACACUGCCACCAGCUACCUCUCUGCCAAAAGAGAGGCCAGAGAGAGGAAGUGACGUGAAAUAUAUAGACUUUUUUACAUCACUUCCUGUGUCUCACAUGUACCAAUGGUAGCUUAAGCUUGACUUAAGACAGCUCAGGGGGUCUGUCAGUUGUUUCUGAUUUGUCAUUUGCUAGUACAUGUCUGUCAUAGGCCAUCCUCAACACUUAAUCCUUAAGUAGGGGUGUAGACAUUCCUGUUUUGUUAGACUAAGCAGGGUGGAGUAAAUCUAAAAUUCAUACUCUCUAGAUGUAAAUAAACAAGACUGAAUUCGAUAUCUGACUGCUUACUUGAUUUAAUUAUUGAUUGGGGUAAAGGGGAAGAGGUUAGAGGGAUUGUAGGUCACCUUAAAUCUCUUUCUAAAUAAAUCUAAUUAUUGAAGUAAAAGGUUUUCUCAUAGCCAGGGAAGAGGUAGAAUAGGGAGAGCACUGCUCACCAAUUUGAGUCCAGUAUCUCAAUAGUUCAUGGAAUGGAAGUCUGAAGAAAUUAGGUUUCUUGACAGGAACCACUGGUGUUUUAAACAGGAAUCCUCAAUGUUAGGAUUUCUGUCCGUGACAGAAAUCUCCACAGGUGUCUUGAAAUGGCACAAAGAAACUUCACUUCCUUCCACUCCCUUCUGCAUCUCAGCACCCAAAACCCCCUCCCCAGGAGAAUUUCCCACAAGUCCUUUGUUCCAUUUACAACUGUUGUUUUUGCCUCAUGCAACUGUAAAUCCUCAACAUUCCAUUCACCCCCAACAGUUCUCUUUCCUACUCCCCAUCAUUACUAUACUAAAUAAAUGUAUGCUGAAGUA